AUGCGCCUGGUGGAUGUGGUAAGAAAUAAUGACCCCGAGGAGAGGAAACCCUCAAUUAUCAUGCUGACGAAUGGGUCGAAUACAGUGUGCAAUUUAGGUCAUAUUUGGGGGAACUUCACCGAGACCUAUGCCCUCAAUGCGCCUUGUGAGAAAUAUGCCACAGAUGGUUCCGUUUCUGAGACGGCCAGCUGCCAGUGCUGCUGGGACUCAUCCUUCUUGUCUGAAUUCAUUGAAUGGUGUCCCCACAACGACCUCUCCGUUCUUGAUAUCAGCACAAUGGUGGACACUUUCAAGAUUGGCUAUAAUGAGACCGGGUCUGACCAGUGUUCUAUUCUCUCCGAUCCUAGUCAAUGUGUUAGCUCUUUCAACUUGGACACUGGCGCCUCUACAUGGUACAAUCCAGGCCAGCUUCCCUCUGGAUAUCCUGGAACAGCACCUCUUUCAGAUACCACUGAUGCCGGGAGCCUUACCCAAGCUCCAGAUCCGUACACGUUCUCGAUUUUCCCAAGCUAUAUCACCGUCAUCACCCCGGCUCCAUAUAACAAGAAAAAUGUCGAGGCAACAAGCUCGGGGACAACUGGCGGAGCCACUGCUGGUGCCACUACUGGGGCCACUACGGGAACUGCUACUGAAACGAGCACUUCGUCACCUAGCAAAGGAGCUGCGGAGAAACUCCUAUCGCCUGUUAGCGCCGGCUUUGGUGUCUGGGGUCUUGCCAUGUACACAAUGCUUUGCACUGUCCUUGGUGCAGCGUUGAUUUUAUAG